AUGGUAAGACAAAAGGCAUGGCGUACCGUUGGAGUUGUAUCCACCUGCCUAUUCUUCGCUGCACUAGGAGUCAUUGUUGGAGUUGUACUCCUGCAUCCGAACUUUUGGGAUACCGGAAAUCAAUUGGCUGGAAAACGAAAAGGAACCGCGUUUGACAUCGAGGAAAAAUCAGAACUCAUCACAAAAAGGCCGCUACUCAUUGAUCGCAACAACCGAUUAAAUGACCGUGCCAUCGAUGUUAUACAACUCAACUCGCAAAAUAUCAUAUUAUACAGGCUAAAAAAUUCGUACAAGGAAACGCAUUAUAUCAAUCAUGUAAUGCUUGAUGGCGUCAACCUCACGAUCAAUCCACACGGUGCAACGCACGCACUGCCAAACGAUGAAAUCAUAAGCGUUCUCUACCACGACUCCGGUUACUGGACCAAGGUUGCAGUACACUACAGGAAACGCGGAAAGGUUUACCUAGAUGAUUACAUUGGGGGAAGCGGAAAUGCUACAUUCUCGAAGGUUAGAGGAGCGAAGCUUCCCAAUUUUUACGGGGCCCUGCACGUGGACACUGUGGUACUAGGCGAACAACUCAUGGUCAGAAUGAUGAUGCAAAACAGAUCUGGAGUCUCGCUUAUCACGCCUGUUCACCGUGCAAAGCUCUCCGUAACAAAAACCACCGACAAUGAAGGGUUCGCAGUCACAUGGAUGUUCGAGUACAGCGUACCAUUGGAAGGGAUUGUAGAUACGGUUGUUGUCGAAUUCCAGGUACAACACGAAAUAUUCAGUCUGCCGGGGCAAUCGGACGAUUCAUUCAUCAAAAUGGCUGUGUAUGACAAUGGAGCUUACAUCCUGAAACCAGCAAACAGAGAACAGGUAGAACAUCUACACAGGACAAAGCAUAUAAUAAUUGAUGGGGAAAGACAGCACGUCCUUAGACACCUCAUCGUCGUGGAUAAAAAUAACCAAACCCUCGCAAAGGUGUAUCUCAUACUUUAUAAUGACAUCACUUCGGCCAUCUCUUGCGCAGUAGUUGCUGGAACAUUCACCUACAACAACUGGGUUGCAGGAAAUAAGGUCGUAGACCAAUACGACCUACCCAGCACGAAGUAUGCAUCCGCGCAGGUGGUGAUACCCACAAAGGGGAAGUCGAGGCCAGUUCUUUUCCCUGAAAACACAAAGUACGCACACGAGUACCAGGAUUCAGUGAAAUACCAUGUGGAUGGGGUACCGUACGGAAAAUACGCUAGUUUCGAGGCCGCUAGUGCCGCCUUAGAGGAAGAUAAUGCAUAUGGAGAUGAACAUAAUAUUGUAAAAUUCGCCCAAGAAGGGUUCGAAAGCAGGAACAAGAUCGUUGUUGAUCUGCAACAUGAAGUACCCAAAGAAAUUAAUAAGGUAACACUCAAGGAAGACAACUCCGUCGAUUUCUACACAAUGAACAAGAUAUAUGUAGAUAAAAAUGUAUUUUACGGAAUAAAAUUGGAAAAUUUUGCCUUCACCCUUCACAAAGAUGAAGAGAGUGUACUAAACAAGGAUGACGCCGUUACUGCUGUCACAUAUGCACAUCCCUUAGGUUGGGAAAAAAUUGAUAUACAAUUCGUGAAGAAUGGAGUCGUCUAUAUGCAACGAUACUUACGGUCAUCCACGUCUCGGGAAUUCGCUGAAAUGGCUAGUGCCGUAAUACCAGAUAAUAGACCGCAUCAUCUCGACGUAAUUUUGUACAAAAAAAUGCUGCUUCUCAAACUCAUGCUCCAGGACCAAGCCGGUGUAUCUUUGGUCGAUCCUGCUGAACCUCCAAGCAUUCUGUUGGAAUUCAAUGCCGAGGCAGAGAACUGGGGCAUUGCCUACUCCUUGCCAAUAAUCAUUCCAAACAUAAAACUCAAACAUAGGUUACAGAUGAAACUUACGCUCGAAAACAAUCAUGUGAAGGUAGAGCGUGCUAACAGAUAUGUCCUCAAGGUCGUCUAUGGCAAUGAUGGUCUCGUUUUUGAGAAGGCCAAUGCAGGACCGUCCAUUAGGUCGCUGACCAUAUGGUUGGAGAAACAACACUGCAAUAUCAUACAAAAUAUUAUUGUGCCGAAAAGUGGUGAAGCGGAUCGUGGCAUUAUCUAUAGUUUCAUAUAUGUGACAUCACAGGCAGGACUUAGUUGUAUCGUACGUAAUGUCAAGAUGGUAAAUGGAAACUGGGAUCACGAUGAGGAUUUUAUAGACACGGAAAAGGAUGAGCGGAAAUCAGACGUUGACAAUCAGCAAUUCGUGACUCUCUAUGGCUAUCCCUCCUUAAACUAUGCGCCAGUGACGCUGUUGAUUCCGGAAAAUAAGGAAGCGUUGCCACUCAUGUACCCCAAAUCCGCAGGGGAGGUGCGCAGAGUGAGGAAACAAAAUACGUUCAUUGUCAACAUAGCCCGUGAGUCAUCCUUGCCCACUGUUGGUAUACAUUUGAGUGACCUGAAAUGGAUGCAAUCAGAAGGACUACCCAGGAUUCCGGUUGAGCUGGAUCUUCACAAGCCCAUAAAACGUGAGAUACAAGUGAGGUCGAUGCGUAAGGGCCACGUCACACAGUAUACGAUCAAUGACAACUACAAAGCUACACAUUAUAUCGAAAGUCUAAUGUACCGUAACAUCAAGUUCAGAGUGGACGAUAAUGAAGCAGAUGACGAAAUGCUAGCUAGAACCAUUACUUCGGUCCUUGUUCUUCGUGAGGGUAAUUGGGAAAGUCUGAGGGUACAGUACAUGCGCGGGGCACUACCCAAAGUUAUGUAUUUCCGCAGAGAAGGUGAUGACCCAUUUGUGGAGACAAACGGGUUCCAACAUGAACGGGCAGAUUUGCCCGCCGUAAUUACGGCAAUAACUGUUGGCGACACACUCAUAUAUGAUGCUCUUCUGCAAAAUGAAGCUGGAGAAACGCUGAUAGAUAUAACUCGAAAGACCAAAAUGCUGGUAUUCGUUGGUGAUAAAGGCAUGUCUCCCAAGGUCAAGGUGGUUGUACCAAUAAUAUUGCCUAAGCAUCACGUCAGCGAUGUGCUCAAUCUGUCCCUUGAAAUCGUGGAUGGAAAAGGUAUAUUAAAUCAUCCAAGUAGCAAAACGAUUUGUAAUGUGGUACUCAAAGGUGAAGAUGGAAGUUCGUACGUCGCUCCAGGGAUAGGGAAGCGCUUCAAUUAUUUCGUGGAAUCACAAUACGUUACGAUGCUGAAGAACAACCUUGAGCUCGUUCAGGUUAUUGUAGUGCCAGACGAGCCGUGCGGGGCGAAUGCGACGGUAUACAGCUUUGUCUAUCACACCAUGGUUGCAUCUCUCACCGCACUGGUACAAAGGGGUACAGUGCGUUUCGGUGUCUGGACCGUGCAAGAAACGCCCAUGGAUACAUAUGCACUUCCAAUUGUCGCUGUUGCUCAUGUUACCCUUAAAAUGCGGGAAACUCGACGCUCUGCGCCUCUUUUAGCUCCGCCAGUGGCUGGCAUUUUAACCGCCAUUGAAACCGGAAGGUUAUAUGGUGUCAAUUUUUCGACAGAUGAUGAUCACACUCUUGAAGACGAAAAGCAGCUUCCAUCUACGUUCCUUGCUAUGGAGGAAAUGACAAAAAUAGCCAUAGACCUCGACCUCUCGCAAGAAUUGCCGAAGCAAAUAAUAAAACAAACCUUUGCAUCAGGUUCUGCGGCAUACUACGAACUGAAAUGGUACUACAAGAACACGCACUAUAUAAGGAAACUCUUAUAUGACGGAAUCAAUAUUGAUGUGUUGAGGUCGGAUGGAACAAUGCAUCUACGUGGAGACGGCAUUGUCUCGGUGACCGUCGUGAAUAGGGGUGCAGUGGAAUGCGUAGAUGUACAUUAUAUAAAGGGUGGUUUGAAUAAAUAUGACCAUUAUCGAAAGAGCGGUGACGUUUGUUCGCCAGUUGUUGAGACUCAAAGGUGUGGUAACCCCGAUAAGUCCUACCAAAUAGACCAUAUAACUCAUGACGGUGCGCUCGUGAUCAGAGUGAUGCUGGAAGAUUCUGACGGGGUAUCGUUGCUUGACGAUCAAUCUGAACCGUUGUUGUUGUCGAAUGUACGCAGCAAACGAGGACAUCACGCAGUUAGGUUGGCAUUGCCGAUCACGUAUCCACAAACGAAUGUAAAGGAUAGGUUGCAUAUAUCGUUGCAUUACAGAGAGGAUAAACUAGUGUUGCAUCAUCUAGAACAACUGGAUACCGUAUAUAACAAGUUGAUGGCCAGCGAAAAUGGUACGUCAAGGUUCGUACCAGCGACGGAAGCCGUCUUUGCCGAUGUUAAUACUAUCUCAACACUCACUGUUGAAGGAGAGAUGAGAAGGGUUAUACGUGGGACCAUAGUACCUGACGAGACUAAAGAGGGUUAUGGGACAAUAUACUUCUUUCUGUACGAUCCUGUGACGGCAAUAUUGUCAUGUGUAUCGAGUAGAACAGAUAAUUUAAGUGGACAAUAUCGUUUCACCGGUAUAUUCGAUCAAGUGUUCGACUUGCCGCCUCAAAAUAUAUCACAGGUUGGCGUCGACAUAUGCGAAAAUCGUAGGCAAAUAUACGAUGUCCAUCCACAAGAAGCUGGAUCUUUCAAGACUCUUUACGAAACCGGUUGGGAUAUCUUUAGCAUCGGUAGUGGUAUAGGAACUCAACCGAGAUUUAACGAAAACGACACGACAUUCAUUGCCAUUACCGGAAUGCGAAGGAUUCCCAUAGUCCUGAAGGAUACGGAACUUGAACAAGAACCUGAAGUGGAAGUGGUCAAACUUACACAACCUGACGGUUUCUAUUACAGAGUGAAACCUGUAUUCCGACCGACUCACCAGAUAUCUAAUGUUGAUAUACGGGAAUUGAGCCUUUCGGGAUCUGGGCCGUUAAAACUAGGUGACGUUGGAACGACUGAAAUAAUAUACAUUCACAAAACGAGAGGGGAUGUCUUGGAUAGGAUUUCUAUAUAUGUACUUGCGAAAGAGAACUACUUCUUUAAGGAAUAUGUCAGUGAACGUAGCAAAGGGGAUUUUGAGUUCAUAAAGGACUUCCCUAUGCCAGUAGAACGGCAGCCUCACGCAUUCUUGACAAUGGCCUAUGAAGACCAGGUGGCCAUGAGAGUACAUUUGCAGACGGCAUCAGGAGAUACUCUUAUAGAUGCCACAGAGACGCCCACCGUGUUGUUUUAUAUGCGCGGAGGUCAUGGUACGGGUAAACUUUUAGUUGCUUUGCCGAUAUUCUAUCCGAAUACUACCAUUAAGGAUAGAUUGUAUCUGAAGUUUAAACUGUCAAAGCAGGGUAUGAGAUAUGAACCCGAUGCGGAUGGUUCACCAAAGAAAUACGCUGUUGAAUACCGCAACGAUGGUAAUUAUGGUUUUGUGCAGGCUAAGGCGGUGACGUAUACCGAUUUAAUCAAUUUUGAAAUUUUCAACGUGGAUAUGUACACAGAACAGAGACUAAUAAAGGCGGUACUUGUACCGGAUGUAGCCAAAAGUGCUAAUACGGCGCUAGUUUAUGUUUUCGUAUAUGAAAGGGACGCUCAUAUCCUUACUUGUACUGCUAUGAGAGCGCGACUUCUAAAUGACGCAUGGCAAAUUGAUAGGAAUCCUGCUGUGGAAUAUAUUUUCCCAACGUCAAAGCUACCUUCUGCGGUCAUAAAUGUAGUUCUCGACAGUGGUGUGCUCACUCCAACCAUAGUACCAGAGAUGGCGGGCAAGGUUAAACGUAUCGAUGAUACAUUUUUCCUAAUUAAGCAGAACAAUAGACACGUGAAGCAUUCGUUGGAUCUGCAUCCAAUGGAUACGGCUAGAUGCGCUGUAAGUGGAUUCCCGAUGAUACCAAUUACUGUGGAUUUGUCCAAGGAAUUGCCAGGAGAAAUGGUCGCGGAGGUUGGAGAGAUGCCUAACGUAACUAUUUACAAAGUGAGGGACGAAUAUGAAAAGACGCAUUACAUCAAUAGGUUCAAAUAUCGGGAGACGGAUGAAGUAGUUCAGAGUCAUGACGAUGCGACAGUAAGCCAUUGUGGAGGCAAAUUUGGUAUCGUCAGAUACGAUUAUGGUACCCACGAAAUUCUAUUUGUGGAAACACCCAAAGAGCUUAGACAAGUGGCGGAAUACAAAAGGGGAUGUAGCAGCUAG